AUGGCAGCCUCGACAUUAGUAGAAUUAACAAUAGAUUAUCUUUCACCUGAAGUUGUCGAGAUAAUUAAAACACAAAUCCCAAAUUUAAAUUCUUUAGAUAUUCGUACUACAACUCUUCCAUUACUUGAUUUCAUAUCAAUAUUACAUUUUACAACAACUCGGUCAAUUACAUUAAGACAUUUACAAAUUGAAUGUAGAUAUAAUGUUACUCCUGAAUCUCUAACCGCAUUAUUGGAAGAAUGUAAAGCACCUCUUAAAAUUAUAAGUUUAGAUGUUGAAAUAUUUGAUGAUACUUUAUUAGAAGUUAUAGUUGAUUAA